AUGGCAGAUUAUAUGAUAGGGUAUGGUAAUAAGCAGGGCCGGGCGCGAGGGGGGACGGGGGGAGGGGGUACUGUUGUACCCCCCCCCCAGAAAAAAAAUUUUUGAAAAAAGUUGAACGUGGUCCCCCCCCCCUGUGUCGAUUUUUUUGGACCCCUGCCCCCAGACCAAAAGUCUCCGCCCGGCCCUGGUAAUAAGGUUGUGGUAGGGUUGGUAUGGGGUAGGGUAGGGUAGGAUACGGUAGGGAGAGUAGUGUAAAAUAAUGGAUUUUGAUGUAAAAGACGUCAUUUAGUGUGUUGGCACAUCAUUUUAAAAUUUCAAAAAGGUUCAAAAUUUUGAUUUUUUCAGAAAAGCCGUGGUAUGCCCUGUAAUCGAUGUUAUCAAUGACCGAACCUUUCAAUAUCAAAAAGGAAUCGAACUGUUCAGAGGUGGAUUCAAUUGGAACUUACAGUUCCGAUGGUAUACUGUGCCUCCGAAGAUUGCUAAGAUGAGGAAGGACUUGACUUCUCCUAUUUUGUAAGUUUUUCGUUGGAAAUUGGUUUUGUUACGAAAUGUCACAAAAAUUAUUGUUUUUUUAAAAGUUUAAAAUUGUUUUAAAAACUCAAUUACUGAACUAUUUUAACAAAAAAUAGAGGUUUUUUUAAUGUUUUGGCUUGUUGGACGAAGUGUCCUAAAGUUUAUUGGGGUUUCAAAAAUUCUUAAAAUUACUUUAUUUGUUUAUAUACUAUGUUACUUUAACAUAAAUGACGUUUUGUAUAAGUUUUUGGGUGUUUGGACAAUAUAUGUCUGCUUAUUUUAACAAAAAUUUUUUUAAGUAAAAUACGCCACUUUGAUUGUUUUUUGCUCAUUAGACGAAGUGUCACAAAAAUUAUUGGUUUUUUAAUAUUUUGGAAAAAUUUUUUAAAAAAUGGAUAACUAGCACAUUGUAAAGAAAUUUUUUGCAAUUUUUUUUAAGAAAUUUUACAUUUUAGAUCUUCAACAAUGGCCGGAGGGCUAUUUAGUAUCAACAAGCGGUAUUUCGAAGAGCUGGGAACAUACGACAAUGGCAUGGAUAUAUGGGGUGGAGAGAAUAUUGAAAUGUCAUUUCGAGUAAGUCACGCUAGCUUUUACACCUGUUAAACGUGAAUUUUGGUUUAACUGUGGUUUGAAAUUGUAAAGUACGGAUUGUUUCAUCAUUUUUAAAUUUUAGAUUUGGCAAUUCGGAGGGAGUGGUGAGAUUCUCCCCUGCUCUCAUGUUGGCCACAUUUUUCGAAAAGCCUCGCCUCAUGACUUCCCUAAGGGCUAUAAUUCUGGCCAGGUACUCAAUUCGAAUCUAAUUCGAGUGGCUGACGUCUGGAUGGAUCAGUGGAAGUAUCUUUUCUACAAAACUUCUCCUCGUAAGUUGCCCUAGAAGUAGCUCUACCCUACCGUACCCUACCCUACCCUACCCUACCCUACCCUACCCUACCCUACCCCUACCCUACCCUACCCUACCCUACCCUACCCUACCCUACCCUACCCUACCCUACUCUACCCUACCCUACCCUACCCUACCCUACCCUACCCUAACCUACCCUACCCUACCCUACCCUACUCUACCCUACCCUACCCUACCCUACCCUACCCUACCCUACCCUACCCUACCCCUACCCUACCCUACCCUACCCUACCCUACCUUACCCUACCCUACCCUACCCUACCCUACCCUACCCUACCCUACCCCUACCCUACCCUACCUUACCCUACCCUACCCUACCCUACCCUACCCCCACCCUACCCUACCCUACCCUACCCUACCCUACCCUACCCUUCCCUACCCUACCCUACCCUACUCUACCCUACCCUACCCUAACCUUCCCCACCCUACCCUACCCUACUCUACCCUACCCUACCCUACCCUACCCUACCCUACCCUACCCUACCCUACCCUACUCUACCCUAUAGACAUGCGAAACGGGCCGGACCGGUCUUGAGCAAAAUUUCGGUCGGGCCGGGUCUGAAAAAUUAGCCGGGCCCGGCCCAUUUCUCAUGUCUACUAUCCUACCCUACCCUGCCCUACCCUACCUUACCCUACCCUCCUUACCUUGUUUUGCCCCACCUUACCGUACUUUUCCCUACCUUGUUUUAGACUACCUUAUGGAAGUUUUGUCGAUUUUUAACCUGCUAUGGUAGGGUGUGUUCUACAAAAAAAUUGUUUGUUUUACAGUUUUUGAAAUUUAGUUUUUAAUUACCCUUGUCGACUACCUUUCCCAAUAAUACCUUAUCCAACGAAACACGUGGUUUCUGAAAAAAAAAUUAAAAUUUCAAUUUUUUAGAAGCUUUAGAGCUACGUGAUCAAAUCGACUCGAGUGAUCGAAUUGAGCUGAGAAAGCGGUUACAUUGCAAACCAUUCAAAUGGUACCUGGAGCACUUGUUAGGGUAG